AGAGAGAAUAUAGAGAAUAUGAGAUAGUUAGUUGGUUGAGUAUUCUCCUGAACUCCAGCAUCUACACCUAUAUAUACUUUUACACUUAUUUAGUAUGUAUAUAUGUAUAUAUGUAAGCCGUGUGCGCUUGGAGUAUGGAGUAAAAAUAAAACCCAGGAUAAAACUUCAAAAUGGCGCAACUAUUAAGUGUAAACACCCAAUUUUUAUAUAUGUCAAGUGAUUAUUAAAUAAAGUUAAUAGUAAUAAUAAUAAUAACAAUAAUAAACAAUAAAUCUAUAUGAUUGAAAAGUUUUUGAGGUGGGAAGCGGAUAAUUGUUAUCUGAAUGUUUACAAUCGAAAUGUCGAUCGCUCAUUCAUUGACAGGGUCUGAACCCACUAAAAUGGCUCAAAAACGAGUUGCUAGCAGUAUGGGCCAUCAAGAUAGAGUAUCCAAGUGACAUGUACGGUGGUGGAACGGGUGGCACGGAGUAUGGAGUAGGCCUCGGACCCGGUCCUUCACAUUACGUUCCCCAAGCAUCAAGUCAUAUAGCUUACCAAUUGGGAACGGCACCCCCACUAGUUGGGGGUCUACCACUUGGAGCUGGUGGGCCUCCUCCCGGAAGUCAGCUACUGUCUUACGGUCAAAACUUAUCACCGCAUCACGUACAACAGCCGCAAAAUGACUCGUCGCAGUCGAAAAGACGGAGAUCUGAUGAAGAUGAUCCUAGUGGAGGAAAAUACCGAAGAAUGGAAGACGACAAUUUGCAGGACAAGGAAAGAUUUGCUAGCCGAGAAAAUCACUGUGAGAUUGAGCGUCGAAGAAGGAAUAAGAUGACAGCAUACAUUACUGAACUUUCCGAUAUGGUUCCAACAUGCUCAACUUUAGCACGGAAACCAGACAAAUUAACAAUAUUAAGGAUGGCAGUUGCUCACAUGAAAGCUCUCAGAGGUACAGGUAAUACAAGUGCUGAUGGAACUUACAAACCUUCAUUUCUUACGGAUCAAGAAUUGAAGCAUUUAAUAUUGGAAGCUGCGGAUGGUUUUCUUUUCGUAGUAAGCUGUGAUACUGGCCGAAUAAUUUAUGUAUCAGACUCUGUUGCACCAGUUUUAAAUUAUUCCCAAAGUGAAUGGUACGGUUCAAGUUUAUACUCUCAAGUACAUCCGGAUGAUACGGAAAAGGUUCGUGAACAAUUGAGUGCUUCAGAACCUCAACAUGCCGGUAGGAUACUUGAUCUUAAAACCGGAACUGUUAAAAAAGAAGGACAUCAAUCUUCUGUGAGACUGAGUAUGGGAUCGAGAAGAGGCUUUAUAUGUCGUAUGAAGGUUGGUAAUCUUCAGACCUCGGGCGAUAUGGCUGCUGCACAGGGCUUACAUCGUUUGAAACAGAGAAAUUCACUGGGACCACCGGCGAGAGAUGGACAAAGUUACGCCGUUGUUCACUGCACGGGGUACAUCAAAAAUUGGCCCCCCACUGGUGAUUUUGUUCCCCCGUGUGUACCAGGUGUGGGUUUAGGUGACAGAGGUGUUCAAGCUAGCGCGGAUGGUGUUGUUUCAGAAGAUGUUACCUCACAUUGCUGUCUGGUCGCUAUUGGACGAUUACAAGUUACUAGUACCCCAAAUACAAGUGAUUUGACUGGCGGUAAUAGCAAUAAUGAAUUUAUUUCACGGCAUUCUGCAGAAGGUAAAUUUACGUUUGUUGAUCAAAGGGUUGGUAAUAUAUUAGGAUACGUACCGACAGAUCUUUUAGGCCAUCAAUGUUAUGAAUUUUUUCAUCAAGAAGAUUUACCACAUAUGCGAGAAAGUUUUGAUCAAGUUUUAAAACUCAAAGGACAAGUAAUAUCUGCUGUAUAUCGGUUUCGUGCUAAAAAUCGAGACUGGGUAUGGUUGAGAACAUCUGCUUUUGCAUUUUUAAAUCCUUGUUCACAAGAAGUUGAGUAUAUCGUCUGCACAAAUACAACUGCUAAAUCACUUCAUCCUGCUAGUGAUACGCAAGUAGCAUCAACAGCACCAGCCCCUGCUCCACCAGAGAGUGAACCGGUAACUCCUUAUGGUCAUCAUAGUUUGGAUUAUUCAUUGCAACGACAUCACUCUAGAGAACCAAUGUACCCUACUCAUCAUAUGAUGCAACAACAGCAUCCAGUAGCUGUUGCAGCUAUUGCUUCAGGACCGCCACAACAGCCUAGACCAGCCAGCAAUCAAAAUCAAGUUUAUCAAGGAUAUGAAACAACUCAUUCACCAAUAACGUAUAAUUCACCUAAUCAACAGAAUUCAUCAUCAGUAUUAAAUCGAAUGCAAAAACCUGCUAAUACAUCACCAUCGCCAAUACAACAACCAUGGAAUAUUGGUCGACAGCAGCCAGUAACAGAGGGAUAUCAAUACAGUCAAUUGAGUCCGUCUAGAUCACCAAGUGGACCGACUUAUACACAAUUAAGUAGUGGCGCUAGAACACCCGCCUCACAAUACCAUUCAGUUACGACAGUGCCUAAUAAUCCAAGUAUAUGGGCUUGGCAAGCCCAACAGCAUCAAGCGCAACAACAAGAUGCUGGACAAUCUAAUCCACAAGUGACAGGUCAACCUCAAUCUUCACAUGGUCCUCAAGUUGGUCCUGGACCACACCAACCUCACCAACCUCACCAACCUCACCAACCUCAUCAGCCUCACCAGCCUCACCAACCUCAUCAACCACAUCAACCACAGGAGCUCUCUGAUAUGUUACAAAUGCUUCAAGAGCAAGGUGGAGCGUCUGGAUUUGAAGAAUUAAAUAUGUUUAACACGAAUUUUGAGUAGCGAUAAUUAAAAACUCUAUCAAUUAUCAAUAAUUAUUAAUUAUUAAUGAUAUUUAAAUUUCGUGGCUUUGUGCUGUCGAGUAUUUUUAAGUAUUGAAUUCAAAAACUUUACUUAAUUUAUUGUAUUUUUAUUUUUUUCACCGGGAGAGAUACUCUCUAGAAUCACUUAAUUAAUUAAUACUCCCGUAUCUGUCACACCAAAAGGUCUGUAAGUAGCUUUUAAAAAGUUAUAUUAUGCAUUGAUUAAAUCGUACGACCGUUUAGAUGAAAAUAAUAAACAAAUAAAAUCAAAAAAUCAUAAGUUGACUUUAAGACACGCACAUUUUCAUUCAAAUUUAUUAUAUAAUAUAAAUCGAGUAUAUAAUGACACAAAAAAUGAAAUAAAAUAAACAGAUUUUUUUUUUUUUUUUAAAUUUAUUCUGACUCAAGAAAAUAAAAACUUUAUCGUACAAUGAUAUUAUUUUUAUUAUUACUUUUAAUUAAGUAGAAAAAUAAUUUGUGAUGUAAAAAUUUUUUUAAAUUAUUUUAAAAAGUAUUGAAUCAAAAAAUAUUCCAUUUCAAAAUAAAAGAAUAUAGUGGUUAAUAUUAUUAUCGUUUUCUAGAGUAUUGAUAUUAGUAUCAUAAUUUUUAAGUUUUAAUUUAAUAAAAAAAAAAAAAAAUCUCAACGCCUGGUCUCUAUGUAAUCAUAAUAAUUUAAAUUAAAGCUUAAAAAUAGCAAAAUAUGACUAGCUUAAAAUAAUUAUUACUACAAUAAUAAUAAUAAUAAUUAUGAUUAUUUUUAAUUAGAUAUUUGUAAUUUAAACAGUGCAAUCAUCUAUGACAAAUACCUAAAAAAAAAUUGUUUAAAUAACAGAAAUGUACAAAAUUACAUAACUCAUUUUGCUUGUCUGUGUAACAAAAUUUUUAGGUAUUAUUAAUUAAGAAUCAAAAAUAAUAUUGACAACAAAAAGAAAAAAAAACAUUUAAAAAACUAAGUAUAGAUAAUGUUACCGCCUAUAAGAAAUUAACGAAUAAGUGAUCACGCGUGAUUUGUUGCAUUUGUACAUGUUUAGCAAUUUUUCGGAUGAUAUAAAAAAAAAAACAAACUAGCAUAUCAUAGUAGUAAAAGAAAAGAAAAAUGAAAAAAAAAACAAAAAAAAGAAAUUAAAUUAAAAAGAAAAAAAUUUUUUCACCAAUGUACGGGUUAUGAAUAUGAGUUGUACUUUUUUUCCAAGUCA